AUGGUGGCCUCUGUGAAACGUACGGUAAGAAUCAAGACACAGCAAGCUAUUUUGCCGGAUGUCCCGCCUCCCGUCGAAAAUUUUCCCAUGCGCAAAUGGAGCAUUGAAAUCUUUCUACUAGAUGAGCAAGGAAAUGAAAUUCCAGCAACAGUGUUCGACAAAGUCGUCUACCAUUUGCAUCCAACCUUUGCCAACCCCACCAGAACCUUCACAGAGCCUCCAUUCAAGAUCGAAGAGCAAGGAUGGGGUGGCUUCGAGCUUCUAAUAAGUGGACAUCUGUUGGAAAAGGGUGGCGAACGGAAACUCACCCACGAUCUACAUUUCAUGAAAGAGGUUUAUGAGGCCGACCAUGUCAUUCAGAUCCCCGUAAACAAACCACUGUUGAAGGCGGAGCUAUUGAAAAGCGGACCAGUAGAUGAAGUCGCCGUCUCUGCGGCUGCGACACCUACGGCAACUGCUGUGAGUAGUGGCGAAAAGCGGAAAGCGGCCACUGUAGCAGAAUCCAAGAGCAAGAAAGCAAAGACCGGCACAGGCAGUGCAGUUAAGGGUAGCGUUGAUCUGGAGAAACUUGCUUUUGGCUUGACUAAAUUGAAUGAAGAUGAUUUGGUUGGCGUCGUGCAGAUGGUAACGGAUAACAGGACGUCAGACAUGAACAUCACUAAUAAUAUCGAGGAGGGUGAGUUCAUCAUUGAUCUUUACAGUUUACCUGAAGGUUUAUUGAAGAGUCUCUGGGAUUAUGUUAAAAAAAAUACGGAUUAA